AUGUUCCAUCUUGGUCGUUCUGCGAAGACUCGUCGAUUGCCUGCCUCUGACACCCUGAUCGCAGGUCCGUCCGGGUCCCGACCCACCACGCUCGGCGCCGAGUUCUUCAAGUUUUUCAGCGGCGGCGGGACGCAAAAGAAGGUGACACGAGAUGGCCAGCCGGCCAAGCGCCGCGGCCCCAAGCCGGAUAGCAAGCCGGCCCUCACCCGACGCCAGGAAUUGAACCGCCAGGCCCAGAGGACCCAUCGCGAACGCAAGGAACAGUACAUACGGGCGCUGGAGACGGAGGUGUCGCGGCUGCGGGAGGCAUAUACCCAGGAGAUCUCGGCCGCCAAUCUCACCGUGGUCCAACACCGGGACAUGGUGCAGUCGCUGUCGGACGAGAACGGCAUCCUGAAGGAGAUCCUGGCGGCCCACGGCAUCAACUAUGAGCCCGAGCUGGACCGGCGCAAGACGGAACGAUCGCAGCUGGGGUACCAGUCCAGCCCCUUCGCCAGCAGUGUCGGCUCGCAGCCCGCGGGGGUGGCCCCGUCGAAUCCAUCGAGCAGCAACCUGUACACGACGCCCCCGACCACCGUCUCGGCGAGCCUGAGCCCGAGCACCACCGGAGUCGAGCACGUGGACGUGUCGCCCAUGCAAGAGAUGACGCCGCACCAGUCGAUGUAUCCGGUGGCACCGUGCGACGCGCUGGCCACGCUGGAUCAAAUGGCCCCGACGAGUCGGAUGCCGAGCCAGCCGCCGGGGAUCUUCGAGGAGCACCCGCAGCUGCAGAUUGACUUUAUCUUAACAUUGGAAUCGCCGUGCCGCGAGCACACGGACUACCUCUGCCGGCGGUCGAUCACGGAGGCGGACGACGAGGACAUGCCCUUCUCGGGGCACGCGCUGAUGGCGACGUGCCCGCCGCCCAGUUACAUCGCGACGACGACGCACGCGGAGACGUACCCGCACAAGACGUACGACCUGCCGCACGCCAACCUGACGACGCUGCUGAACCUGAGCCGGCAGCUGGUGGCGGAGGGGCAGAUCACGCCGAUCAUGGCGCUGCAGUGCCUGAAGAACCACGAGCUGUACCGGCGGCUGAAGCGCGAGGACGUGAAGAUCAUCAUCGAGACGCUGAAUACGAAGGUGCGGUGCUACGGGUUCGGGGCGGUGGUGGAGGACUUCGAGCUGAUGGACUGCCUGAGCAGCGUGCUGGGGGGGCGUGUCGAGGGGGGGCUGUCGCACCGGGACGAACUGAUGUAUGCGUGA